GGCGGGCCUGGCUCGUUGGUACCGCCAUGGGCAGCGCUGAGGGCGCAGAUUGGGUUGAUGUUGCCAAUGAUCUCUUAAGGACCUGUCACAUAAACCAGCACAUAAACAAUCUGUCAGAAUGUAGUGCUGACGUGUUUGUUCGUCUUUAUGAGUCAAUCUUAGGAGAAAAAGUACCAGAUUUCAUUGCUACUCCCAGAAGCCAAGAGGAUGAUGCCCAUAAUGUACAAGCAGUAAUAGAUUCCCUGGCAUUGGAUUAUUUGCAGGUCAGCUUGUCUCACAUCACAGGUGAGAAUAUUGUGAAAGGAGACAGGGAAUCUAUCAAAAACCUCCUGGAAAUAUUUGAUGGUUUGUUAGAGUAUCUCAAAGAAGUCAGUGAAGCUUCUUCUCAGACUGGAGCUGAAAUAAAUGUGCUGUCCAGUGAUAAAAUUCAAAAUGCAUCUCAAGAGCAGCUGGAAAACACUGCUGGUCAACUUACAGAACAUACACUAAUGCCAUCAGUUGAAAGGUCCCAGUCAGAAUAUUUUAUUCUAACUUGUGAUACAGAUGGCUCAGAAUCUACCAGUGAAUUAAUUAAACUUGGAGAUACUGCUUAUUCAUUUUCCAAGAGAGGGGAAGAAUUUCAGAUGCCUGAACUGUGUCUAGCAGAAAAGGACAAGGGGGUAGAAGAACCUGAAAACUCAGAGGCUCUUGCAGCAUUGCCCCAACAGUUCUCAGAAAGUGAAAGGGGGAUUGGAAAGGAAAGGGAAGAUGGAAUGAUGGAGUCUGUUCAUGCUGCUGAACCCCACAAAGGGAGUCAGAGUGCCAGUGCUACAAAACUGGGGGAGCCUAUCCAGCAGGCAAUUCCUCUGCUGCCCCCAUUCCAGCCCUCAGAUCCAGGAUGGAGAGAUUACCACAGCUCAGACAGACAGGCAGCAGCUCUGGCUUGCAGUCAAGCAGUGAACAUUCCUCCUAUUGAAAAGUCACUUACCCCAAAAUCUGAUGAUAUUUCUGAUGGUCUUCCUCUAUCAAGACAGAUCCCUGUGGGAAAAAUGCUGGGAGAUGAUGCUGAGGACAAUGUGACAAAGGUAUGUGAGUCUGCUGUAUCUGCCUCCUCUUCUGAGGAAAAGCUCUCACUACUACUUGGUGAACAAGUAACACAAAUCCCAAGACCUGAAUCUCAACACUGGCCUAGAACAACAAGCAAAUAUGAAAAUUCCACCACAGAUUCAGUUGAAGAUUCACUUUCCCACAGAACAGCAGAGAAGACGCCUCAGCAAGAGUUUCGUGAAGCAUCAGAAAAUCUGUCCCGCAGGCUGAAUGAACUGGAUUUAAUGUUGAAGAGAGCUUUGGGUGAGCACACAAGAGAAGAGGAGCUGAGAGAUGAGGACAGCCUGUCCCAGCACAGUGACAGUGUCAUGGACUAUGGCCGAAGGACAGCUGGCAGAGAUACAUCGUGUCCAAGCUACCCAGGCAGGCCACGAUCCCUCUCUCCAGCCUCACCCUCAUCUCAGCAGCAGCACCAUGAACUGCGUGGUACUGAAACAGGCCAGACAAAGACAAUUCGCAGCCACCUGCAGGAAGAAAGGGAUGAAAGAACAAGAAAAGCAAAGCUGGUCACUAAAGCUUAUGAAAAUGAGCUAAGAAUUUUUGAAGCAAGGGAGAAGCAUAGAAUUUCCAAGCUCAGAGAAGCUGCCAAGGAAGUGGAACAAGAGUACAAAGAAAACAUCUUUCAAGAACAUCCAAAAGUGUCUCGGCCAGUGAAAGUUUAUUCUAGAAAAACCACACCUCAGUAUUCCAAAUACAGCCAGUGGAUUCCAAAACGAGGGAUCAUGAAGCCAAAGCAAGCAGCUCCAAUGACAAUAAGAGACAAUGACCUCCUCUUGCAGCUCCUGGAGGAGUUUCCCCACCUGCACAUUUCCCCCCGUACUCUGAAUAAAAUGUGGCAGCAGCAGCUUGCACACACUCUGCACCUCAAGGCACCCUCUGCCAGACCUAGACCAAAACUCCAGAAUGAAAUUGAACAAGCCUUGAAGAAACAGGAACUGCUUGCUGCAAUUAUUAAGAGAGAUCAAGAUCACAGCAAGAGACUGCAAGACAUCAAGCAGCGCAUCUCCCGGCAGAGGUGGGCUCAGAACAAGGUGACAGAGAAGAAGCAGCAGGUGGCCCGGGCCAGGAAAUACUACGAGGAUUACAGGGCCCAGCUCCGGGCUAAGCUGCUGAGGGCAAGGACACGGGAGGAGAAGAUAUUUAAAAACUUAUUUGAAGAAGGCUUAGAAAUUCAGAAGCAAAGACUGAGGGACCUGAGAGUUUAUGCUCAAGAGAAGCGCGAUGAGCAACGGAGAGAGCACCAGAUGGAGCUGGAAUCUCUGGAGAACUACUACAAAGAUCAGUUUUCCAUGCUAGCAGAAGUUAUAGCUCAAGAAUUCCAAGAAAUCCAAACCAGAGAGAAAGCACAAGCACAAAUGCUACAGAAAACAAAAAGAGAACUGAGAUCAAAGAUGGAAAAGGAAAUACAGCAACUUCAAGCAGCAAUCAUGCACAGUGAUGAUGACACCUUUUUUCAAGAACUAGAAGCAGACAGACUGAGAUCCAGACUUCAGAUGGCUUCUUUCCAGUACAGCCAAAGCCACUUCUUCUAAGACUUGGCAAGGCUGGAGUAAUGUUGGACUCUACCCAGAGGAUAUUGGGAUGAAGUCAGAGUGCUUUAGUGAAGUUUUCCUGGUGGUACAGUUGGAUGCUGAGGCUCCUCUGCAUCUGUGCUGGGGCUGUUGCUGCUAAGCCAAUCUAACACCAUUAGCCAGAAAUCAUGGAUUGGAAAGAUCACAAAGCACAAGAAGAUCUUCAAAAGAACAUCAGAGGUUCAGGUUUCCUAUGAAAGGCUAAGUUAGAGAAUGCCUGCAAUAAACCUGACAUAAAUAACUGGGAAUUUAAAUAUAUUAAGCAAGGGGAGACUACUUCCACUCCUCCUUUGGUUGUGUUUGCAGUGUUGGUGUUGCUGGCUUGAUAAAAUAUGAAGGCAUAUAAAAUACUCUUUCUGUGCUACAACUGCACUGGGGAAAGUAAUUUGAAAUAGAAAACAAUGCAGAUUCUUCUAAAGCUGUACAUGAUAAGCUGCUGCAAGAGGUGAAGCCUGGGAAGGACAGCAUUCCUAAUAUUCCACAGGGCCACACUCACAGGUGCAGCCUGAUCACUCCAUUUUCACACUCACAGAAACAGAAUUAAAGAAUGAUGAAAUAUUUCACCAGUCAGCUUUUACCUUACCUCAGGUUGUAAGGUCUGCUUCCAGGCAGAGCAGGACACUGCACCUACUGUAGCAUCUCCCAGUGCUGUAAAUAAUGCAGGGCCCUGCAGGAGAUCCAGGCUUCACCUGCCAAACACUGUGCAGGUGCCAACAGAGGGAUGAGGACUUAAACUGAGAACAAUUACAUAAAACCAAGCUGGCACUAAUGAAGUCUAUUACUGAUACAGUCUCCUCUGCCUGACAAAAGGGCAACUCUAAAUUAGUUUAUCUUGGUAGUAGAAGAGUUCUUGCUGUGUGAGAAGUGAUACAGGAAUACUAGAUUUAACUGCACUGUACAUACAAUA